AUGGCGCCACAAGAGGCCAAUGCAAUCGACGACAGGGAGCAAACUCACCCCGACGAGACUGAAGCGUUCCUCGCCGCGCGCCUAGUGGAGUUUGACAAGGAAGUAGCACUGCUCACAGAACAAGAAACAAAAUUUUUGCGACAGGCGCAAGCCAAUUGUUCCGAAUUGCUGGACCAGAAUUUCAAGCUCAUGUUUCUGCGUACUGACGUUUUCAAUGUCCAGCUGGCCGCGAAGCGAUACGCAAGUUACUGGGAGCACCGGGUCGGCUUGUUUGGACCUGAGAAAGCAUUCCUCCCGAUGACGUUGGACGGGGCCAUGAAGGACGACUUGGAAACGUUAGCGCUCGGCUACACUCGCACUGUUCAGGAUCACGGGCGAAUACUUUUCAUGGAUCCGUCACGCACGCUAGUGGAUCGUGAUAUUGACAGCAUCGUUCGUUGCCAAUGGUAUGUUUCGACGAAAGCUCUUAUGAGCGAACCGGAAAUGCAAAAGAAAGGAGCUAUUUUCGUUCUCGAUCUGGAUACGAUACGGCACGUUGACCGCCCUUUGAUCAAACGUAUGGCGGAGACCACCAACGAUAGCUUUCCUCUACGUGUCUCUCUCUGUUGUAUGAUCAACCCCCCUCCUUUGACCGACUUUUUCGUCAAAAUCGUCAAGCUUUUCAUGAAGCCCAAAGUGCGACAGAGGUUAUACGUGAUUAAAGGUGACCAAAAGCUUGUCAAGCAUGUGGAAGGACUGGAUAUGAAAACGCUGUACACAGCUUUAGAUCACGACAAAUGGAUCGAAACGAUGCGUGAAAAGGAAGGCUAA